AGAGCUCUGAAUCAGGGAGCAGUGGCUCAUUCCCCUCCAUCCAUUCAAAGCCUUCAUAGCUCCGGCCAUGAGUCCCAAUUCCUCGGCCACUGAGGCUCCCACUCCUCCCAUUACUCCGGAGAAAUUCACGGAAUCGGAUUUUCAAAAAGGCGUGCCCAGAGCCAUUCCUAGUAUCCUUGAACUUAAGAAGGCUCUGCCGGCUCAUUGCUUCCAACCUGAUCUGACCACAUCCUUUUAUUAUGCGUUCAAGGACUUGGCCUUGGUGGCUGGUCUUUACAUCAUCAUGUUGGCGAUGGAGCUUCAGCCUUACACCUUGUUGAAAUGGGCAUAUAUUCCAAUUUAUUGGUAUGUAAGUGGUACUUUGAUGGCUUCGAUCUUCAUAGUGGGACAUGACUGUGGACACGAAUCCUUCUCAAAUAACAGCCUCAUCAAUGAUAUUGUUGGCAAUUUUAUGCACACCAUCAUCCUUGUGCCUUAUUAUCCUUGGAAGUUAUCUCAUCGCCACCAUCACAAGAACACAGGCAACAUUGACAAAGACGAAGUGUUUUAUCCAGUGCGAGAGCAGCAUCGAAACAAGGAUUCAGAAUUGAUGAUUCCCUACUUCGGCUUGGGUAUUGGAUGGAUCUUUUAUAUGUUCAAGGGCUACUCUCCCCGAACCAUCAACCAUUUCAAUCCGUUCAACCAUCUCUUCAUCAAGCACUCCGUAAAUUGUAUCAUUUCUAUGGCGUGUUUGACAGCUUGGAUGGGGUUAGUGGUGAUUCCCUAUGGAUCAGCUUAUGGAUUCUCAAGACUGGCCAUUCAUUAUCUUAUGCCGGUGUUUGGAUUCAUGUGCUGGAUUGUGUUCAUUACAUUCUUGCAUCACCACGAUGAGAAUGUUCCUUGGUAUGGAGAUGAGAAAUGGGACUUUGUCCGAGGCCAAUUGAGUUCGGUGGAUAGGAACUAUGGAUGGGCUCAUGAUGUGCUCCACAAUAUUGGCACGCAUCAGAUCCAUCAUUUAUUCUCCAAGGUGCCUCAUUACCAUUUGGAGGAGGCCACCAAAGUGUUUCGAGAGCGCUAUCCGGAACUUGUCAGAAAAUCAGACGAACGUCUCAUUCCGGCUUUCAUUCGCAUUUUUCACAUGUUCAUGGAUCAAGUUUGGAUCCCUGAUGACGCCCAAGUUCACUCUUAUACGCUCUCAAAGAAAUCAUUGUAACGACUAAUGUGUUCAAUAUAAAACAUGCAUAUUUGAACAAAGA